GCAGAUGACGAAGCAGUGCUGCUUCAGCAAGAAGCACAACUUCUGGCAGCCAAGCAGGCUGAGAUUCACAAGAAGCUGCAGCAGUUAAAGGGAACGGACCAGGAAAGUGGGUCGGAGUCUAGGAGUGAGGAUGGGGAAGGGGAAGAGGGGGAAGGUGCAAGUCGUUUUGCUUGCACUGUGUGGUGCGAGGUUCUCGCCUACCAAGACGUGAACAAUCGCAAGAAGUUGGCAAAAGCCCUUGUGGAUGCUCGCUUCAACCAGAAAGUGUUCGCCUCUGUCGCCACGCGGAUCGUCAUCGUCGAGAAGGAGAAGAGCCUCACGAUCCAAGCUGGGUGGUAUACCCAGGCAGCCAUGAGGGAUGACCUGAACUAUGAUGCGAAACUUGAUGGUGUGAGUAAUCCCAUGAUAGACACUGCAAUUCCUAGAUAA